CCAUUUGCAUGUGUGGUUUGUUGUCGCUGGCGCUGCAUGUUUAAUUCGCAGAAUUUGCAUUAGGCUCUUUUUUUUUCGUAACCUAAUCCUGUCUUGGUUCGAUUUUUACUUCAGCAGUUAUCGAUAAGCGGUUGCGAAACGCACAACAUGCUUUUUAACCGUUACACACGCUAUUAUCUGGCGCUUUUACUCUGCGCAGCAGUCGCAGUCGCCGAUGACAGCAGCGAGGAAAGCAGAAGCACCAUCCCAAGCAAAUGGCUCUGCGACUCAACAGAUCUUUGCCUCCCAGAGGAGGAACUAAUGCCGGGAUUAGGUAACAUACAGCCACCGCAUCGAUAUGAGAGCCAGCGGGAUUGUCGCCUGUCUUGCGGCAAAUAUGGAGCUAUUUGGCCGAUGCCCACCGGCGAGUGCAGCCUGUCGCACGACCGCGUGCACUUUGAUCCAUGGAAGGUGCGCUUCAAUGUGGUGGCGCCCAAUGCCGUAACAACGCAGUUUCUGCGCGAGACGAAUCGCUUGUUUGUGAGCAACUUGCUCAAGGAGUGCACCCGCAACUGCACGCUGGGCAACAGCAAGGAGGUGCUGGUGAAGGCGACGGUGAACGACAGCAGCUUGGUGCUGGACUGGAGCACAGACGAGAGCUACAUGAUGGUGGUGCGUACCACAGACACCGCCAGCUUUGUGGACAUCAAGGCGACGACAGUGUACGGAGCACGCUUCGCCUUCGAAACGCUCAGCAAUCUGGUGACGGGCAGUCUAUCCAAUGGCCUGCUAUUGGUGAGCGCUGCUCGGGUGCAUGACCGGCCGGUUUAUCCACAUCGAGGCCUGCUGCUGGACACGGCACGAAACUUUCUGCCUUUGCGCUAUUUGCGCAGCACGCUGGAUGCGAUGGCUGCCUCCAAGAUGAAUGUGCUGCACUGGCAUGUGGUGGAUACGCACAGUUUUCCGCUGGAAAUCACACGAGUGCCGGAAAUGCAACGCUACGGGGCAUACUCGAAUGCCCAGACCUACUCCCGCAUCGAUGCCGUCAAUCUGGUGAAGUACGCCCGCCUGCGUGGCAUUCGAAUUAUGCUGGAGAUCGACGGACCCUCGCAUGCGGGCAAUGGCUGGCAAUGGGGCCCAGCGGCCGGUCUGGGCAACAUGUCCGUCUGCCUUAAUCAAGCGCCCUGGCGCAACUACUGCGUCCAGCCGCCAUGUGGUCAGCUGAAUCCGCUCAACGAUCACAUGUAUGCGGUGCUUAAGGAGAUACUCGAGGAUGUUGCCGAGCUGGGCGCACCCGAAGAGACCAUACACAUGGGUGGCGAUGAGGUGUACAUACCCUGCUGGAACAGAACCGAGGAGAUAACCAACCAAAUGAAGGCGCGGGGCAACGAUCUGAGCGAGGCCAGCUUUUUGCGGCUCUGGUCACAGUUCCAUCAGCGCAACUUGAACGCGUGGGACAACAUAAAUCAGCGCAUGUAUCCCAGUGUCAGGGAGCCAAAGCCAGUGAUACUGUGGUCCAGCCGCCUGACCGAUCCCGAGACAAUCGAACAGCUGCUGCCCAAGGAGCGUUUUAUUAUACAGACCUGGGUCAACGCUCAAGACCCCCUCAACCGGAACUUGUUGCAACGCGGCUAUCGCCUGCUGAUCUCCACCAAAGAUGCCUGGUAUUUGGAUCAUGGUUUCUGGGGCAGCACCAGUUACUACAACUGGCGCAAGGUUUACGACAAUGCGCUGCCGCUUGAUCUGCGUCAGGGCCAGGAGCGCCAGGUGUUGGGUGGCGAGGUGUGCAUGUGGAGCGAGUAUGUGGAUCAGAAUUCUCUGGAGGCUCGCAUCUGGCCGAGAGCGGGAGCGGCUGCCGAGCGUCUAUGGGCCAAUCCCAAAUCGUCGGCCAAUUUGGCUCAGCGUCGAUUCUAUCGCUAUCGGGAACGACUUAUCGCACGCGGCAUCCAUCCGGAUGCUGUGGUGCCCCACUGGUGUGUCCUUCACGAAGGACAAUGUCUCUAAACAAGUCGCCUUCUGUUCAAUUGUUAUUUGUACCAUAAUAAACACACAUAUACAUGUUCAA